AUGGCCAUAGCAAUUUAUGGUUUUCUCUCCCGCCGGCGUAAAAUUGAACCCGCUGGUAUUUCAUACGAAUUUUCUCUAGUUAAAGACAAAUUAACUCUUGGACUUUCAACUUGGCCAAUUUUAAAAAAUGCUGUAAAACCAAUCCAAAUAGAAGAGGAAACAGAAGAUUCUAGUUUUGAAUGGAUGGAUGAGGAGACUGAAAAAUACAAAAAAUAUCUGGCUAGAUUGGAUCCGAAUGACGCUAAGGACCAAGACCAUUAUAAAAUACUUGGCCUGACGAAGCUGAGAUGUGAAGCAACAGCAGCACAAAUCAGGACUGCAUAUCGCCAAAAAGUACUUAAAUAUCAUCCAGACAAAGGGAAUGCUGGGGAUGGACUUCGAAGUGAAUCUGUUUUUGCCUGUAUCCAAAAAGCUUAUGAACAAUUGGGGGUUUCUGAAGAGAAAAGGAGAGCUUUCGAUUCUGUUGACCCAACCUUUGAUGAAAACAUUCCUGACAAUUCUGAUGUUAAUUCUACAAAUUUUUUCCGUGUUUUGGGUCCUGUUUUUCAGAGAAAUGCAAGAUUUUCUGUAAACCAACCAGUGCCGUUACUUGGCGAUGAAAAGAGUGACCGUUCCCACGUCGAACAUUUUUACGAUUUUUGGUACAAUUGGAAAUCUUGGCGUGAAUUUUCUUAUUUGGACGCUGAAGAUAAACAACGAGGAGAGGAUAGAUGGGAAAGAAGAGAAAUUGAAAAACAAAAUAAGGCUGAAAGAGAAAAAAGACGAAAAAAAGAUUUGAAAAGAAUUUCUACAUUGGUCGAGAUGGCAUAUUCUGUUGAUCCAAGAAUUGUAAAAAUUAAAGAGGAGGAUAAAAAUAAAAAAUUGCAAAUGAAAGAGCGUAGACGUAAAGAAAAGGAAUUGAAAGAAAAAAUUGAAUUGGAACAAAAAAGGCAAAAAGAAAAGGAUUUGGAAGAGGAAAUGAUUAAAAAGAAUGAGGAGGAAAAGAAGGCUUUACAGGCUAAACAACAAAAGAAAAAAUUGUUGUCAACUCAACGUAAACAACUCCGUGAUUUAUCAUCUACCAAAAAUUAUUGGUUGGAUAAUUCACUUGCUGCAGAAAAUCCUGAACAAGUUUUUGCAAUUUCAGAACAGAUUGAGAGGUUAUGUUUGUCUGUAGAAGUUGAUGAUUUGGUUAAUCUUUGUGAACGUUUAAAAGAUAUUUGUGUUUAUGAUGAUGCAUUGAGGAUAUUGAGGGAAUGUUCAAAUCCUGAGAGUUCUAGUAACUCCAAACAGUCAAAUAAUGGAAUGCCUAAAAAUUCAGCCCAGCCAAAUGAUGCCAAAACAAAUUCUUCUACAACAAAUGCUUGGACUCAUACAGAAUUACAAUUGUUGGUAAAAGCUGUUAAUUUAUUCCCUCCUGGGACUCAAGAACGUUGGAAGCAAGUUUCUGGCUAUAUUAAUGAGCACAGCGGUGAGGGAAACAAGCGUAGUGAAAAAGAUGUUAAACAACUCAAGUCUGGGCAACUUCCUCCAAGCAAUAAUUCAUCUACUGUUCCUGUCAAUAAAAACAUACAGCAACAACAAACAACAACAGAUAUUACAAUUAGCAACACAAACAACAGCCAAAAUAAUGAGCAACAAAACAACAUUAAUAAAAAUACUGAAGAUGAAUGGAAUGCUGAACAACAACGGCAAUUUGAGAAAGCCUUAAAGGAAAUACCUUCAAGUGAUGCUGAAAGGUGGGAUAAAAUAGCUGCAGCUGUAGAUGGAAAAACAAAGAAACAAUGUGUUAGGAGAUACAAAAAAUUGGCUGAAAUGGUUAAAAAUGCUAAAACUGAGGCUGCUAAAUGA